GGUAGUGUGCAAUCACGUGACCGCAAACUUCACGACUUCCUUGUAGUUUAAAGAUGAGCCCCGCCCCCUUUUCACAGCUUCCUCUUAACCACCCGUAAACAUUCAAAACCCGUCAAAAGUCGGUCAUUUCUCUGCGCCUGUCACCAGCGGCUUGUUUUUCUCUUCUCGACCUGGAUCGGUUAUGAACGGGUUCUGCUGGUCUCAGUGUAUUCGUACCUUCGAUUUCAGACAAAACAAAAACUGGAGCUGGAAUGAAAAACAACGACGGCGACCAACAGCUGAAACGGACGGGUUUGUUUUCCCCGGCGCGGUGACUGCACUUCGGCUGACCCUCGACGCGGUGUGAAGCCUGAACACUCUCAUUAACCUGCACAUACAUAAACAGAGCACCAUGGAGAGAAGAGUAGGCGACAGGGACGAGAAGAGCAAGUUUGAUUUGCUGGAGGACAACUGGAUCGACUCCGGGAUCGAGUCGUUCGGGUCGUUCAGCAGAGAUGAUCGGUGCAGUACCACGAGUUCGGUACCGGAUCACAGCAGUGGGAGAACAGAGCAGGACAAACUGAGCACGGUUGAGCGUCUGGACUCGUCUUAUGGCUCUUCAUCUCUGACCACAGAAAGUCUGAGUGAUCUUAUGGGCAAAUGCAACGUUUCGGAGACUCGAGCCGACCAGGGGGUCCAGAACCAGAACCAGUACCUGUACCCAGUGGAUUACACCGAAGAGGAAGGAAACCUGCUAACAACCGUCACAGAAGAUGGAGACACUUUUCUCCAUUUGGCAAUAAUCCAUGAAGUGGAGGAAUUCGCCCACCAGCUCAUAAAUCUGUUCCCCAAAGAGAUCCUGGACAUCCAGAAUAAUCUAUAUCAGACGCCGCUGCACCUGGCCGUCUACCUGAACCAGGUGUCCGUGGUAAAGGCUCUGGUGGCGAACGGUGCAUGUCUAGAGCUCCAGGACCAGGAUGGAAACACGCCGCUCCACGUGGCCUGCGAACAAGGCAGGUUCGAUUGUGCUAAUGAGAUGCUCCGUCAGGCUUCGCCCUCCAUGCUGACCCCGGUGUUCGAGACACAGAACUGGAGAGGUCUGACUUGCCUACACGUUGCCACACUGCACAAACAACACAGAAUCAUGAAAAUGAUGAUUAAGAAAAGUGUGGAUCUGAACCUGCAGGAGGGAACGAGUGGGAAAACGGCGUUACACAUGGCCGUGGAGCUGCAUGACGUGGAUGCAGUGAUUCUGCUGCUAAAAAGAGGCGCCAACGUAGAUGCUGCUAUGCUAAACGGUUGCACGGCACUCCACCUGGCAGUCGGGCGUCAAGACACCGCCAUCACCAGCCACCUGUGCCAGGCAGGAGCUGAUAAAAUGAUUCGCAACAUGGAGGACGAGACCGCGUUGGACCUCGCCGACGGCAACGAUGACAUACUUGCACUACUGCCGUUUGAUGACAUCCAGAUCAUGGGCAGGACUGUCAGCUUGAACUACUGAGUGUGAAAAUCGGCGUGUUCCUCUAUCUGUAAACUCUGGGGACUUCAAUUAUUACCAUUUUUACAUGGCUUUACUUUCUAUGACCUUGUUUAUUUUAAAUGUUGAUUACAUUAGAGCUGUUAAUUUAUACAUGAGUUUGGGGUGAAGUUUUUAUUUUCCAAAUCUGUUCCAAAUUGUUCUGUAGUAAUCAAAUGAACGUCCUGGUUUUUUGUUGUUUUUUUUUUUGUUGUUGUUUGUUUGUUUGUUUUUUUUUCUCUUCUAUAUUCAUCUAUAUUUCAGUUUCUGGUGGUUGCUUCUUAACCAUUUAAUGCCACACAUGCUGAAAUGUGUAUGAACGUAUAGCUUGAAUUAUCGAAUACCUCAUACAGUAUGGAAACGGACAUUAAAAAUGUUAGGUUAUGAAAGUGACUGUAUCACUUCGGAGAAGGAUGAGGAGGCUCAGAUAAGGAGUAAGAACACAAAUCGUAGUUUACAGCAUCACUCAACUUUUCUGGUUUAGGGAAAUGUCCCUUUUGAGUUUUAAACUGACUUCAAGUAACAAGUUUGUCGAAUCCUUUUUUUUUUUUUUUUUUUUUUUUUUUUUUAUAACCCCGCCUUCCCGGGUUGUUUUUGUUAAACUCUGUAAUUUCCCUCAUGUAAAUAAUUCUGGUAUUGACCUAGCAGGGAUAUACUAUUGUUUGGUUUCAUGCUUCUUAAAAUUGUUUGUAAAUGACAGUAUUGUUACUCAAGUAGAAUUUCACUGGCUGCACAUCAUGCUCACGUGGUGGAUUUACUGAUUUUAUUGAAAGCCCGCUUCUGUUCUGACGAAAAUUAGAUUUAUAUAAAGUUCCUCCAUUAGCCAUCAGCCAAGGUUACAAGCUAUGAGGUUAACGAAGCGAACACGUAAUAGAGAUCGUUUUCACUGCUUUCCGUAAAUAAACAGUUUGUAAAUAUAACAAGGAUACUUGUAUAUUUGUUGUAUUUACAUCAAAGUUCUUGGUUGAGAGACUUUGGUUUUUUAUCGUGUUUUAUUGGGUUGUUUUUUUUGUUUUUUUUUGCAUUAGCAAUAUUAGCCACUUAGUGCAAAACUAAACAAUGCUAGUGUCCAACAUCACCCAUAUUUUGGCCGAAGGUGUGUGAAUGUUUUUUUUUUCUUUUUCCAAUGAUCUACCACUUUGACGUUACCUGCACACCAAGUGAUCCGUUUUGCAGUAUGUGGCUUCAAAUUUGAAAUGAUGCAUACCAAUGCCAAAUGUAUAUUAAGACCAACUCCAGCCAUGAACUGUAGAAAAAUAACCGAAUCUAAUCUCUCAGUUUAUCAGCCAUGAGUUCAGGCCUUUGCUCCUCAGCUACCAGACUUGAGAAUAGUUUCGCACCACCACUGUAAAAUGUGAUUGGUGUUUGUAGACUGAUUCAACGUGUAUCCGCUGCCGAUGAAGCAUAGAGAAUUCUUUCGAAUGGUUGCUAAAUCGGUUGUCCGUGUACGCAAUAAGAAUGCAUGUAGAAAGGAUCUUCAGCGAUCAACCUUAAUCCUAAAUAUUCGAUCCAUCACAGCAAUCGUUGUCUGCAAAUAUUUCAUACGUAUUUUAAUAUAUAUCAUUUCUAUUCAUAUAAACUGUAACAGUUAUUAGAAUUUGUAUUAACAUGCGAAAGAGUUAAAUAUCCAUGUAUAAGCUUGUGCAACUGUGUGUUUUAUGUAGUUUUUUUUCUGUUGUUUUGGGGUUUUUGUUUUUUUGUUUUGUUUUUUUGCAGAAUUUGCUCCUUUUACUACACCCUAUUGAUACGUUUUGAACAGUUGGAGAAAAAAAAUCUGUAUUUCUGGCAAAUUCACAAUAAUUAACCCGGAACAGUUGAUGGAUUUUAAUGGUUUAACCAAGGAUUUCAAAAACAUGUUUGAUAUGCUCAUAAACUUGUUGCUUUCUUUUAAAUGUCAUUAAAUCCACACUUGCAAGAUGUACAGUUACAAUCUUAUACAUAUGCAUUUUGAAACAGCACAAGAAAGGAUUACUUUGUAUUGAAGUUAUAGUAACAAAAAGUCACUUUGUCGUAUAUGUGUUCCAUCUGAAAAGCCCUUUUGCAUCGUAUGAGUUUUAGCGUUUGUAGUAAAAAAUAAAAAAAAUACACAAAAAAAA